UACACCGAGGAUGGCACUUUGUUUAAAAUGUCGGUGUUGUACAUGGUAUUGUAUUGGAUGCCGCUUGUGUAGUCGCGAUGCUUUUGUGUACGGUAGUGUACGGUGUAGUUGUGAUGUUAGUUGCGUGUAAUGGCUGCAUAAGAUAGCUUUCCAUCUGUGUUGCGACAUUUAUGGUCUCGUAGACCACAGCAUUAACUGACUUUACAGCUCAUAAUGACGGCUGUCAAGCGGGCACUGCAAGCUCAUAGGUAGCCGUUCGGCAUGGACUACGAUUUCAAAGUGAGGACAUCGGGGGUGAGGGCAAAAGUUGAAGAUCUUUUCGAGUUUGAAGGAUGCAAAGUGGGACGUGGGACCUAUGGUCAUGUGUACAAAGCAAGAAGAAAAGACGGGUCUGACAGCAGGGACUACGCUCUUAAACAGAUAGAAGGCACUGGAAUUUCCAUGUCCGCAUGUAGAGAAAUAGCACUUCUAAGAGAACUAAAACACACCAAUGUGAUCAACCUCCAACGUGUUUUCCUCUCGCAUAAUGAUAGGAAGGUAUACCUGCUCUUCGAUUUUGCUGAGCAUGAUCUCUGGCACAUUAUCAAGUUCCACCGAACAGCAAAGGCAAAUAAGAAACAGGUGCUGGUACCUCGGGGGAUGGUGAAGUCUUUGCUCUACCAAAUACUGGAUGGCAUCCACUACCUCCACUCCAACUGGGUCCUGCACCGAGACCUGAAACCAGCCAACAUACUAGUAAUGGGUGAAGGUCCAGAGAGAGGCAGAGUGAAGAUCGCUGACAUGGGCUUUGCGAGGUUAUUCAAUUCGCCAUUGAAACCUCUCGCUGACCUUGACCCUGUGGUCGUCACCUUCUGGUACAGGGCUCCUGAACUGUUGUUAGGGGCACGGCACUACACCAAGGCCAUUGAUAUCUGGGCAAUUGGCUGCAUCUUUGCGGAAUUACUGACGUCGGAGCCAAUCUUUCAUUGUCGACAAGAGGAUAUCAAGACUAGCAACCCUUACCAUCAUGACCAGCUAGACCGCAUCUUCAAUGUCAUGGGCUUCCCACACGAAAAAGACUGGGAGGACAUUAAAAAGAUGCCAGAACAUCAUACGCUGAUGAAAGACUUCAAACGUUCGAGCUAUGCCAGUUGUUCCCUCGUGAAAUACAUGGAGAAGCACAAAGUCAAGCCAGACAGUAAAGCAUUCCUCUUGCUCCAAAAGCUUCUGCUGAUGGACCCCACCAAGCGUAUUACUUCAGAGCAGGCCAUGCAGGACCCUUACUUUCUUGAAGAUCCCGUGCCAACGCAAGAUGUCUUUGCUGGAGUACCCAUUCCAUAUCCUAAGCGGGACUUUCUCACAGACGAAGAACAAGAGGACAAAUCAGACGCUAGCAAAGUUUACUACGGGAGUGCAGGUGGAAAAUUUGGACAGCAAAGAUCUCAUUGGCCCUUCAGUACUGCGGUUGCCAACAAUCAGGGUAACCAGGACAACAACAAUCAUGGACCAAGUGCCAAGAGGGUUCGAAUGGCUCCUCCUCCCCCAACAACUACCUCAGCUAGCCAGAUCCAGGGUUUCAAUAAAAAUUUUCAUGAUUUCAAGAAACCAGAGUCUCACACUAUGCCUUCAGGCGUUCAACAGGGGCAGCAGCCUGUGAUGGCAUUUACGUCUGCGGGUGGCACCACUCAACAAUCUGGUCCGCCAACAUUCUCUCAAAGAUUCUGAUCACCUGGACUGCUUCCACGUCGACAUUUUAGGUUUUAAUAAUUGUUGCUACCACGUCAAGAGAUGUGCUGCAUGCCUCUCGGUUCAGAGCGCAACGGCAUACAUGACCUGGUGGUUUUCACAGCAUCCAUCUUGCUGUGCUCACAUUAAACACUACAUAAAAUGGAAGUCAGAAACGAU